AUUUCCCAAAACCUGUCUCUCCGCACUCCCAAAAACGCAGCGUCUCAGGUUUGGGUGAAGGACUUGAAGGAGGAGGAUGGGAGAGAGGAAGGUGCUUAACAAAUACUACCCACCGGACUUCGACCAAGUCCAGACACGCAACUAUGAGCGUAGAUGCCAUGCUCGAGGCCUUGCAGCGCAUGGCUGUGGAAAAGGUGAUUGCAUAAUAAGUAGGGCUCAUCAUCAUGACUUUCACAUUGAGCUUAAAGAUCAAGUGAAACUCUGUAAAGAACAAGAGGCAAUAUCACAGGAAGCAUUCAGCCUCAACCACCUCCACCAACUAAAUGGUUUGGUUAUAAAUCAGCAAAGAAUACAAAUAGUGAUUUUGAUGCUAAACCCAUGGUCUUUUGGGUCAAUAUUCAACUGGAAAGACAACUUUUAUAAAACAUUUGCUAAAAAUGAACUACUCAGGUGCUCACAUUGGACCAGAGCCUACAACAGAUAGAUUUGUUGUUGUUAUGGUUGAUAUGCGCAAGCAUGCUCAUUCGUGUGGACUUUCCGAUAGAUUUGAUUGGUUGUUGUUUCCCCUUUGUUGUGGUAGCUUAUUGUCUCCAAUUUUGUUGCCUCCAUAUUUUGAAAAUUUUAGUCAUCCUCCUUUUUGUUUAAUGCUGUUUAAAUGGUGCUGACUAUUUGGAUUUUGAUGCUAAAUAUAAGCUCAAUUAUUAAAACUAGUGACAAGUAAGCAUGAGUAAGUAAAGUUUUGUAUUAGUAAGUAAGCAUUAGUAACAACAGCAGUGCAGCAUCAACACUUGUUACUAGACACCAUCGGCUUAUUAUAAGAGGCAGUUUAUUAGUAAA